UCUCUGCGUCUGCAACUUUAUCCAGCACAGACUAAAAUACGCUUUUCAUCAAGUGAGGUUUGGAUAUAGUGUGCUUGUGUGUAAAGUUAUCUUAACGUAAAACAUUGCGCAAGAGUUUGGCUGUGAUCCUGUGGUGUGGACUUGAUUUGCAAAUAUUUCGGCUGAAAUUGAUUGAGCUUGCUGUGCAGCUGACAGCCUUCAAGCCAGAAAUGAGCCGAAUGAAGCUGCCUCAAGCUGGACUCCUCGUCUGGAUGUGUGUAAUGAACAGGGUCCUGGACACAGCAGCAGCAUCAUCAGCACUGUCAAUCACCCAGUGUGAGAUCAUGCAGUACACCAGCAUCACCUGUUACUGGAAAACAGCCGAACACCUGAACAUCAGCAGCUACAGGCUUGAGAUUAACAAAACCUCUUGUGAAAGUAAACGCAGCUUCAUCCGGGUGGGUGCCUGUAAUAUCAGCGGCUCUAGCUGCUCCGUUCAGCCCAUCGAUUCAGCAUUACACUGUUUCUGUGCGGAUGUUCUAGCAUUCACAAGCUCCGGAUUCAUACGCUCAGAUCCGUACUUCUUUCAUGGGGUCAAUAAAGUGAAACUGCCUCCUCCACAGAUAAAACAUCUCAAGCCAUCAGAGAGUAGAUCUGAGUGUUUGGAGGUGAUCUGGAGAAUGGAUGAGAGCUUUUCCAAGAGUGAGAAAGCCUACAUAUGGCUCCAAAUGGAGUACACGACACACAACCAGACCCGAUCUCAGACUAUACAAGCAUUUUCCCCGAAUUUUACCAAGGAGGUGUGUCACUUAUACCCAGGAUCCAAGUAUACAGUGAGACUGAGAGCUCAGGACAAUCGAACACACGCUCACUGGAGCUCAUGGACAUCUAAAGACACAACCACAGCGGAGAGAGCUCCGUCUGCGGCUCCCCGGCUGUGGAGACUCAUCCAACCUGCAGAGGAAGCUGGAAGGAGACACCUCACCCUGUUCUGGAAGCCUGUGUCCUGGCCUGAGGUCAAUGGUGUUGUGAUCAGUUACUCAGCAUCCUGUCGCAGUGAGCUUGAUUUAUCCCAGUGGUCCUGUGGCAUUGUAAACGCAUCCAGGCACUUCUGCGAACUCACCGUGUCUGACGAUCCGUGUCACUGCAGCCUGACGGCGACAAACUCUGCUGGGACGUCACCUGCAGCUCACAUCUACAUACCUGCACAUAAGCGUACAGAAGAACUCCCACCUCCUCGGAAUGUCAGCGCCACCCCAUUGGACGACACUCGAUUGAAGGUGGAAUGGAAAGCUGCACUGAACCAAUCAAGUAGCGGCUUUGUGGUGCAGUGGACUUCUGUGCCUUACAGUAAACCAAAUAGUCUGCACUGGGAACAUAUGAAAGAAACUGCAAGAAGUUUUAUUGUCACAGGUCUUCAGCCACGAGUACCAUAUAAUCUGUCGGUCACGAGUCUGUAUGGGGGAAUCGCAGGAAGUGACUUGUCAGUCAUUGCUUUCACACGGGAAGGAGCGCCCUCUGUCGGUCCAAAUAUGACAAUGCUGACGACCAGCAGCAGAAGUGUUUCUCUGAAAUGGGACCCUGUUCCUUUAGAGAAGCUUCAUGGCAUCAUUCAGAACUACACCAUUCUGUACAGCAUAAAUGGCAAAGGCGAAAGUUUGAAGGUAGGCAAUGAAGUUAAACAGAAAACUCUCACUGGACUGAUGGAAGGAACCUAUAACAUCUGCGUAAUGGCUCAUACUGCGGUAGGGGGCGCCACUGGGCCCUGUCAGAUGGUGGUUGUGGGGCUUGAGGAUGUACAAGUGAUUCCCAUACUCCUGUGUGCACCUCCGCUGUGUUUUCUGAUUCUAAUCAUUCCAGUAUGCAUGAGAGUAAGGAUUAAAAAGUGUCUGUGUCCGACUGUACCAGACCCUUCAAAAAGCAGCCUGUCUGUCUGGUCUACCACUAAACCGUGUCAGCAUAAGCUACCAUCCUUGUCGCCCAUGAGCUCCAUCAUCUCUGUGGGUCAAGCUACAAUCUAUCAAGAUUGUUGUGAAAAAGACAACGUCCCCGUCCAGGUGUUCACCUACCACACUGUUCCACAUGACAGCAAUGAGCCCAAAACCAAGACCUACAACAACACUUCUGCUACAACAUACCAGGACAUUAAACUCACACCAGCUCAAGCUUUCCCAACACAUUUCCUCAACCAGAGCUACACCAUACCAGACCAAGUCAUUCCUGCUGUAUAUAAAGACGACCCACAGCCAGCAUCUGACGAUCUAUUGUUUGAUUCGCUCUUCACCCACAAAGGAAAUCAAGCAGAUUUAUGCGGCUACAUCCACGUGUCUCAGAGCUACGCACCGGUCAUUACGACCAUAGACGAGUACAGGACUCUCAACCUGGAUGAGUGUCCGCAUUUCGUACAGGUUUUACCAGAGAACACCAGCACGAAGUUCACUGCAGCGUAAAGACAACGAAUCUUACAUGACUGGGAUUUCACAAUCCCAUUCUCUCCAGCCUGCCAAAACAUGAGCCCUCAAAUAAACUACCAUCUCUGUGUGCUUUCUGAUUGACAGAUAUACACAGGCUUGUGCACUAACAGAAUAGCUGAAAUGGCAUAAGGCUGGUACGUAAAGCUGGAUGCAGUUAAAAAUCUGAGUAUAGACAGCCUCAGUCAGUUACAAUAGUUGCACUGGACUUGCAAUAGUUUCAUGGGCAGGUUCAAGAGAUUGCAUCCGAUUGCCAUUCUGCCUGAUACUUGAAAAUGAAUUGUGAGCUUUUUCCAAGCAGCCUUUUUAUCUGAGCACCUCCCGUCAGAUCUUGUCCAGGUCAAGGACACUACAUGAGGGCCGCUAGUCAUUUCCACAUGUGACACCUCUCUCACAAAACCACUCUGGUCUUGUGUCAAAUGUGCAUAAACUGCUGAUACCAGUUGCCAGAUUCAUGGAAAAAAUGUGCCGAGUAGGAACAUUUGCUUUUGUUGCAUGGAAACUUGGCCUUUAUUUGCUAUUUCUGAGAUAAAACAGUGGCAUUUUACUGGUGACAUAUUGCUUUUCUCAUUUGUAUUAGCAAAUGGUGCUUGAACAAUGCAAGUGUCCACAUUAUGGUACAUUCGUAUUGUGAUAUUCGGUUUAAUAUGACAUUUUUAUUGUGGAAUUAGACGUCGUAAACCUUCCCAUUUCUGUUGACACAAUAAAGGAUAAACAGCCUCCAAUGGGACAACACAUUCCACUUUUUUGGACUGAUGACAUCAUGGACACCUUGGAGUUUUAUGGGCCUGUUUAACUAGUGGUGGGGGGGUAUGUUUUUUAUUGUGUAUUUUCGAUGUAGCACUGCUGCUUGUGUUACACAUGUCAUCUCCUGCUUUCUGCUCUGUCCUGGUUCCCUCUGUUAAUCUUUUGGCUGAUAAUUGAGUUUACAAAACUCAAACCUAACUGGUUUUAGGUAUCAGAACUCAGACACAACUGAUUUUAGAUAUCAGACAGAAAUCAAUCCUAACUAGUUUUAGGUAUCAGACAGAGCUUAAUCUUAACUGGUUUUAGACAUCAGACAGAACUCAAUCCUAACUAGUUUUAGGUAUCAUGACUCAAUCCUAACCGGAUUUAGGUAUCAGACAGAGCUUAAUCUUAACUGGUUUUAGAUAUCAGACAGAACUCAAUCCUAACUGGUUUUAGGUAUUAGACAGAACUCAAUUUUAACUGAUAUCAGAAACAAGAUCCCAUCAGAAGACAUCCAUUUUGUCUGGUGGAAGCUAUUUUAGUAUGUGAAUCAGACUGGUAACCUGGAAAGCUGUGGAAAACAAAAUAACCCACCUGAUCUGAACUAUAUAUAUAUUGUUUUAUUUCCUACUGAAUUCCAAAAUAAUGUCAAAGGUUUAUUUUUGUGAACUGUAUCUGAAGAUAAACCAGAUUCUGCGGAAAAGGAAAGGACAGUGAGAGGGACACUCGGCAUCAGGAACAUUUUGUUGGGAAUGCUGUGGCUUCGGGCCAGAGUUCACCACCACCGGUUCAUCUUUCCUGCGACUGGAAUUCCCGAUAAAGUCCCUCUUUGUUUGGACAGAGACGGGCAAGGGCAGUGUCACACAUACAUCCGGCUCUAGAGAGUUGAUCUUUGGCGACAGGAGUGCAGAUCGGCCGCGUGCCAGAGCUGGUGCAGCAAUAUUUAUUGUGGAUGAAAUGUGCUAUUGUUGACAGUAGAUGGAUAUUCACACUGACCUGCCAGAGCCGUGCGGAUCGUUAGUGCAUAACAUGCUCCAUGCAUUCCACCAUUCCAUCGGGAAUUUGUCAGCCUGUGAAUAUGGCUCAAAAAGGAAUGGAUUAAAGCUUAGAACAAUAUUUGUCAUUCCUGUAGUGAUGUUGAGAAACUCAAGUCUCUGUACAGCAUGUAUAUAUUCUGAUAAAGCACAUGUUAUUAUUUGUCUAA